UGUUCCACCAUCUGGGGAGCAAAACAUGUUUCGUAGUUUAGCGAUUUCCUAAUUGAAAGUUAAUUUUCGCGAUAAAAUAGAAUAGAAAGUGUUGUUUCACGAACGGAGUAUGCGGCAGACCUAGAAAAGCAUUACGUUUGACUGGGGAAUGAAGAUAUCAUUGACGAAUUUUGUGUAAAAUCCCGCCAGUAUGUUAGACACUUAACCCUUCUUGUGUAGUCAGUGUUUGAGGUAAUCGAGAGAAUUGAGGAAAGUCCUAUUAGAAUAUAGUUUCCUAGUCACACAUAAACAAAAUGACGAUCACGGAGUAUAUAUCCGCUCUAUCCGACAAUCCAUACUUUGGAGCCGGUUUCGGGCUUUUCGGCCUGGGUGCAAGUGCCGCAAUAUUACGUAAAGGCCUGCAAGGAGCUCUAAUAUUCUUCCGCCGAAACUACAUGAUCACAUUAGAGGUUCCUUGUCGCGAUAAAUCCUACCAGUGGCUGCUGCAGUGGAUUACACAAAAAGGCGCUCGUCAAACCCAACAUCUUAGCGUCGAAACCUCUUUCAUUCAGAAGGAGACGGGGCAUGUGAAGACCAGGUACGACUUCAUUCCUAGCAUUGGCACGCACAUUAUGCGCUACAAGGGCAUGUGGAUAAAAGUCGAACGCACCAGAGAGCAACAAACACUCGACUUACAUAUGGGCGUCCCGUGGGAGUCGGUUACACUGACGGCGUUCGGCCGAAACAAAGAAAUGUACUUCAACAUUCUCGAGGAAGCCAGGCAAUUGGCUCUGAAAGAGACUGAAGGGAAAACUAUCAUGUACACGGCAAUGGGUGCCGAGUGGCGGCCGUUCGGUCAUCCCCGGAAGCGACGACCAAUAGAGUCAGUGGUGCUGGAUCGGGGAGUGUCCCAUCGAAUUCUAAGUGACUGUCGCGACUUUAUCGAUAAUCCUAAGUGGUAUGCGGAUCGGGGGAUACCUUACAGACGAGGGUACCUUCUAUACGGACCGCCAGGCUGCGGAAAAUCGAGCUAUAUCACAGCCCUGGCUGGCGAACUCGAGUAUGGAAUCUGCCUGUUGAACUUAUCAGAGCGAGGACUGACCGAUGACCGUUUGAAUCAUUUGAUGAAUGUGGCUCCUGAACAGACGAUCAUCCUAUUGGAAGAUAUCGACGCCGCUUUUCUGUCUAGAGAAGAUACGACGCAGCAAAAGGCCGCCUAUGAAGGAUUGAACCGCGUAACAUUCAGUGGCCUCCUGAACUGCCUAGACGGGGUCGCUUCAACCGAAGCGAGAAUCGUCUUCAUGACUACAAACUAUUUGGAAAGGCUUGACCCGGCACUAAUCCGCCCAGGACGUGUUGACAUGAAAGAAUACAUUGGACAUUGCAGCAAAUAUCAACUCGAAGAAAUGUACAAACGGUUCUAUAAUGGUCCGGAGUGUAUUCAAAAGGCUUCAAUCUUCGCUGAAAAGGUCGCGACAUAUAAUAAACCAGUGAGCCCCGCUCAAGUGCAAGGAUACUUCAUGGUGCACAAAAUGUCUGACCAGCAAUUAGUGAUUGAUAGCAUAGAAGAUAUAUGGAAUGAUGGUCCAGUUCGUUGAAUACAUAUGAAUUUCUAACUUUAA